AUGAAGUUCUCCUCUUUCAUCCUCUUCGCCCUUCUUCUCUACGCUGUCACUCUCGUCGCUAGAGCUGAAGAAGACGGCACGGUGAACUUGGUCAAGCGAGCGAGAACUAAGGAAAAACACAAGAAGCAUCUUGUCGACCACUGGUUCCCCAAUCAUACUGUCGAUAAUCCGCAGCCAGACGCCGACGAUGGCAGUGGCGAUGAUUCGCGUCUUCAGACAUCGCCCACAGCAGCGCAGGCAGGAACAUCUCACCGUCCCCAGCGUCUCCAGCGGAAGACAGUGACCAAGGGCAGCAGCGCAAAAACAAAGUCCUUGACGGAGCACUCGCUCCAUUCUUCUUCACCGGACUGGGAUUCGGAAGGACCUCCAUCCGCAUAUUCUUCGUCAGAAGAAUACGAGGAAUGGAAGCCGGGAGACGCCUCGUCGACAAAUUCUUCCUCAGCACACUCCGAGGACUGGAAUUCUCAAGAGACUUCCUCAUCAUCUCAAUCUUCCGACUGGGACCCAAAGCAAGCUCGUCGACACGCUUCUUCGACCGCGCGGACUCGUUCGCUCCUCUCGAAGGCAAAAGCGAAACCUAAAGCUCUGAAUUUAAAGGCAGGCUCGUUCCUCAAGGCUGCAGCAAAUGACGCUCGCCGACAUAGAGCCAGAACCUUUGCCACUUGCCAGACCUAA